AUGGUUACUUCAACAGCCUCUAACCUCGAGCGCGAGGACCAUGCUCGCGAUGCUCAAUUCAAUAAGGCACUGCACGGUACAAGUGCUCAGGCCACUGGUGGUCUUGCCGCCAUGUUCAGCAAAGGCCGUGAUGCGAAGCAGGCUGCCGUCGAUGAGUACUUCAAGCACUGGGACAACAAGGCGGCAAAGGACGAAACUCCCGAGGAGCGCGCAGCUCGUACAGCUGAAUAUGCGACCUUGACCAGACACUACUACAACCUGGCGACCGACCUGUACGAGUAUGGUUGGGGCCAGUCCUUCCACUUCUGCCGUUUCUCCCACGGCGAGCCCUUUUAUCAGGCGAUUGCCCGUCAUGAGCACUACCUUGCCCACCAGAUCGGAAUCAAGGAGGGUAUGAAGGUGCUUGACGUCGGAUGUGGUGUUGGCGGACCUGCGCGCGAAAUCGCAAAGUUCACUGGCUGCCACGUCACCGGUCUGAACAACAACGACUACCAAAUCGAUAGAGCUACUCACUACGCUGCGAAGGAGGGCCUGUCGAAGCAGCUUGAGUUCGUCAAGGGAGACUUCAUGCAAAUGUCUUUCCCCGAUAACUCCUUCGAUGCCGUCUACGCCAUCGAGGCCACCGUCCACGCACCCAGUCUGGAGGGUAUUUACAGCGAGAUCUUCCGUGUUUUGAAGCCCGGUGGCGUCUUUGGUGUUUAUGAGUGGUUGAUGACGGACGAGUACGACAACGACAACCUGGCCCACCGUGAAAUCCGCUUGGGCAUCGAGCAGGGCGAUGGUAUUUCCAACAUGUGUAAGGUCUCUGAGGGUCUGGCCGCCAUGAAGACUGCCGGAUUCGAGAUGCUCCACCACGAGGAUCUUGCUGACAGGCCCGACCCCAUGCCAUGGUACUGGCCCCUGUCGGGAGAGCUCAAGUACAUCCAGUCCGUCUUUGACAUUUUCACUAUUGUUCGUAUGACCAAGGUGGGACGAUUCCUCAUGCACAAUGUAGUUGGUGGACUCGAGGCUCUCAAGAUUGCCCCUGCCGGUACGAAGAAGACGGCCGACAGUCUGGCAUGGGCUGGCGACUGCCUUGUUGCUGGUGGCAAAGAGCACUUGUUCACACCUAUGUACUUGAUGGUCGGAAAGAAGCCCGCCAACUAG